AUGCUGGACAUUGAAUGUGCGCGCAAUGCGACGGAUGACUUAACCGUGACUUUCAAAACACGUUAUCAAUGCUACCUAAAUGUGGAUUAUUCCAGACAGUGUACGGUUUCCGAAUUCAAUUUUUGCUCUAAAUGUUGUAUAGCAGAAAUUGAAAAGUCUAGUUUAUCAGGUGACUCUCAUACACAUGAAAAUGGUUUCUCUUUUCCCGGUGUUGAAGUUAUACAAGAUUUUGUUAGUGAAAGUGAAGAAGCUAUGCUGAUUAGUGCAAUUGAUGAGCAACCAUGGUUUUUAUCUCAGUCUGGUAGAAGAAAACAGGAUUAUGGACCUAAAGUAAAUUUUAAACGACAAAAAGUUCAUGUUGGUGAAUUUCGCGGUUUACCCGCCUAUUCUAAAUUUAUUAUUACUCGAUAUAAUGAUCAAUUAAAAGAAAAAAUACCUCCUGGUCAAGAAUUUCUUCCAGUGGAAUUAUGCAAUUUAGAAUAUAAAUCAGAUCGUGGUGCUUGUAUUGUACCACAUUUUGAUGAUACAUGGUUAUGGGGUGAACGACUGGUGACGCUUAAUUUAUGCGGUUCAACUUGCCUAACUUUUACACUCCCUUCAAAUGAUAUUAUUGUAAAUGGGAUAAAUGACGAAAUUCAACGUAUUCAGUCAUGUUUAUCAAAAGAGAUAUUAACAGAUAAUGCGAUUUGUAUACGUGUACCAUUGCACAGACGUUCGUUAGUUGUAGUCAGUGGACCAGCACGAUAUUUAUGGCAACAUGAAAUCAGACGGUCAGAUAUACCAACUAGACGAAUUGCUAUGACAUUUCGUGAAUUAAGUGAUAUAUUUACCCCACGAACUGAUGAUAAUUUAACCAGUGAACAAACUAUUGGAAAAGAACUCUUACAAAUUGCUUCCACAUAUAAUGGUCGUAUAUGUAAUAAACAAAAUGUUUAA